GGGUCCAAAUCCAGUAAAUCCGAUUAAGAUGUACGAUUUACAGUCUUCUUAUUACAUUUUAAGGAAUUCGUUAAACGAAUUCUAUGACAUAUGCCAAUGUAAACGAAAAACAUUAUUGUCUCUUGUAAUCUCUUCAAAGUAUGAAACAUUACUUAACGAAUAGUCCCACGUGUGCCGAUUUCCUUUUUCCUUACAUUUUAACGGAUGAUGACGCUGUGGUCGAGUGGCAGAACCUCUUGUUGCAACGGGAUAAACAAAUUUCAACGGUUUUAACGUAGCGAACAAACUGUUGUCGCAAAAAAUCGACCGUAUCGACAUAUAAGUCACGCAACAACUUGACAAUGACACACGUACCGUGACUCCUCAACAGACAUAAUUUUGGCGUGGGCAUAUUUUACAAGUGAACGCCAUGACGGUAAAAUUAAUGAGACCGUUGCUAAACAUAAACGCCUCGCAAAGAUUCGGAUCUGCUUAUUGCGGCAUGAGCACAUCAAGUAACGAUUCGUGUGGCGUGUACGAUUUGGUAAUCGUGGGUGGCGGAAUUUUAGGAUGCGCAACAGCCCGGGAAAUGCUCAUUCGCCAUCCUUCGUUGAAAGUAGCAUUGGUCGAAAAGGAAACAGCGCUCGCCGUCCAUCAAACGGGACACAACAGUGGCGUGGUUCACGCAGGAAUAUAUUAUACGCCUGGAAGUAUAAAGGCCAAGUUAUGCGUGGAGGGAAUGAAACUAGCAUACGAAUACUUUUGUAAAUGCAAUAUUCCGCAUAAUAAAAUUGGAAAACUAAUAGUGGCGGCGAAUUCAGAAGAGAUGAAGGGAAUAGAAGCUCUGUUCGAAAGAGGAAGAAAAAACAAUGUUCCGGAUCUUCAACUGGUCGAUAAAGAUUGCAUUUCGAAUUACGAACCAAAAUGCAGGGGAGAAAAAGCUAUUUGGUCACCGUGGACAGGUAUUGUAGACUGGGCUCUCGUUUGCCGGAAUUUUGCCGCAGAAUUUGAAGAAAUGGGUGGAAAGGUUCACCUCAAUUUCGAAAUGACGGGAUUAACGGAGGUGGCGGAGUCAAAGGGCAAAUCCGAGCUGGCACCCAUGGCCUUGCAGUCGAGAAAUCGAUGUAUACUGACGAGAUACGUAUUGACCUGCGCCGGCUUGCACUCGGACCGAGUGGCAGUGAUGACAGGAUGUGACCUCAGUCCUCGUAUCGUUCCUUUUCGAGGGGAAUAUUUAUUGUUGAACGAGAACAAGCGACAUUUAUGUACAACGAAUAUAUAUCCAGUUCCAGAUGCUAGGUUUCCGUUUCUAGGUGUCCACUUUACUCCUCGAAUGUCCGGAGACAUUUGGUUGGGACCGAACGCCGUCCUAGCAUUGGCCAGGGAAGGUUACAGUUGGUUUGACAUAAACAUUAGAGAUUGCAUAGAAAUGGCCCAGUUCCCUGGCCUUUAUAAAUUGUGCUUGAAGUAUUUAGUGCCGGGUUUACGGGAAAUGGUCAAGUCUAUCGUUUACCCGCUGGCCGUAAAAGAAUGUCAAAAAUAUAUUCCAGAAAUUUCGUACAAAGACGUAAAAAGAGGGCCAGCAGGUGUCAGAGCCCAGGCACUUGACAACGAUGGAAAUUUGGUGGAUGACUUUGUAUUCGACGGAGGUUGUGGAAUUCUAGGGAGCAGAGUGUUGCAUUGCCGAAAUGCUCCGUCUCCUGCUGCUACGAGCAGCAUGGCUAUCGCAAAAUAUAUUUCCAACAAACUCGAAGCAGACUUUAAGUUUUAACGCGUCCACGGUGGAUUUUCCGUUCGGGCCAAUCGAUACCUGGGUUAUAAUAAGAACCAAAUUCAUGGUGAGCGCAGCCCACCUAAAGCCAUUGGACGCCACACGUGAAGAGAAUAAGCCACGAAUGUUAUGGAAUAGUUUUGUUACAAAUUCAAAAUUGUAUUAAUGACAAAACACAGUCCGGUAUAUUUAUUACAAAAUGGACUGCCGUUAACAAUAAUACCUUUUACUGUUGUGCGAUUGCACAAAUAGAUUCUAUUUAUGUGAUCGUUUUAGGGCUAAAGAAAGAAAUGUAAGAGAAAAAAUCUACGAAUUACUAUACUUCAGUCAUAAGGGGUAAUUCCAUUCCGUUAGGUUAUUUUCAAAUUGCUUGUAUCCUGUAAGUCAUAAUUGCCAGGUUUAAAAGCUUAUUCCAGAUUUAGGGAUAAUGUUAUAAUAACUUCUUUAAUUGAGAUUAAUAACCAUUACUCUAAUGGAAAUGUUACAUAUAUUAAUAUAUAUUAUCAAUUAUCGACAACCUA